UGCCUAUCGGUUCCGAUGUUCAUCGUCGGCUCCGCUGUAACAUUACACUGGACUGCGGAUCCGAUGGUAUUGCCCUCGAACUAUUUAUCUCUCCUCGUCGCCCUUUCGAGUCACCCAGAUUCUCAAUUUUUUACUCACCCAAUCAUUGCAAGCCCUAUAUUUCCCCCUUUGUUUAAAAAGAUACCAAGAUGUUCAACAAUCCUACUGUCAUAAUUGUGCCGGGCUCAUGGCAUUGCCCGAAACAUUACAAAUACCUCAUCAACGGACUGGCAAAGGUCAACUACGAAGCUGUCGGUGUGGCAUUACCGUCUGUUAACUCAAGCCCUCCCCAUGCCAGCUGGGAUCAAGAUGCCCAAGCCGUCCGUGAGGUUAUCAUGAAGAGCCUUGACAAUGGCAAUGAUGUCAUUGCGGUCGCGCACUCGUUUGGUGGCGUUGCCAUGUCUGAGGCUGUGAAAGGGUUGGGCAAGGAAGCGCGCGAGAAGCAAGGUUUAAAGGGCGGUGUUGUGCGCCUGAUCUACAUGUGUGCUAUGGCGCUGCCUGAGGGUCAGACUCAUGUUGGUCAGAUCCAGCCCCAGACCCCUGAGGAAGAGGAGCUGGAGCGGCAACGCCAGGAGCUACAGGCAAAGUACGGGGGCAUGCGGUUUACAGAGGAUGGAGCUAUGCUUUUAGACAAGGAGGUCAUUCGAGAUGUUUUUUACAAUCGCUGUGAUCCCAAAGAUGUGGAUGAGGCAGUGGAGCUCCUGGGCUCAUUUCCAACAGGCCCUCUCACUGUACCUGUGACUUACACGGCCUACCGCGAGAUUCCUAGUACAUACAUCGUCUGCGAGAAUGACAAGGCCCUAGCGCUAUCUUAUCAAGAGAGAAUGAUUGCACAGGGCGAUGGUGUUUUCCACGUUGAAAGAUGCCAAGAGGGACACUCACCGUUUUUGAGCAAUCCGACUUUUGUCGUGGACUGUAUUCGUCGUGCUGCUGGAGAGAAAAUAUAACGGAUGAUAGAACACAUGAAACGUUGGGUACUAUAUAGAUUGGCUUGCAACAACUUGACAUCUGUGAGCCCGGGAAGUGGGCGAACCUGAUUUUCAAUGGGUGUCAAACUGAUAACACUUCCGUAUAACUCUCUUUCUAGAAUUCCUGAGAAAUUUACAAUACAAUGAAGAAGCCGUUGCAGAUCUUUACAACAUAUUGAUGUAUAAGAAUUGGCGAUAGGGCAUGUCACCUGACUGGUACGGUGCCCGGUUUGUUCCGAAGUCAAAUCUAAC